ACCGUAUCCCCGUAUAUAACCCACCAGCCGCGCCCCCGCACAAUUGCCCCAACCACGACCUAAAUUCAUAAAUACCUCUAUGUAGGAAGACAUUUAGGUUACCUAACUUAUGAUUAUUCCGUGGAUAUUGCCUUUGGGCUACUCUUGCUUCUAGAUUUGAAAGUUUAAUUCGGGGUUGUCUUGAACUAGUAAUGGCUAGUCGUGCCAUUUCAUUGCUUCUUGGGCUGGGUGCCCUGGUCUUUGGACUGCUUGCCGUGUUCUUAGAACCGUUCCGGGAUUUUUUACUCUUUAACGUCGAUAAUUACAACAUUAAACUGCCUUUCUUAGAGCGUGCCUCUUCAGUCAUCAUAAUUAACCAUACCGGCGAAAUCACAUACAUUGGUAGACAUUCCAACGGUAUCGAUCAUUUUCAGAAUGUCUUCUACGCAGAAGAUACCUCGGGCCAAAACCGCUUUGCACCACCCGUUCCUAUCAAGCAUGAGAAGGGGUCAUCUAUCGAUGCUUCGCGGUCCGGUGCCUGGUGUCCGCAAGGGACGGGUGAUAUUCUUCCGUUCACGAGUAAAGUUGUUAACAUCAGUGAGAAUUGCUUGAGUUUAAGGAUUGCUCGACCACAUGGCACAGCCCCGGAUGCCAAAUUGCCGGUAAUGGUCUGGAUACACGGAGGCGGUCAUGCUCUAGGAUCAACCUCAGAUGUUCUAUAUGAACCUGAUGGCCUAGUGAAACAAGCUACCGUAGAUGGACAACCGAUUAUUUUCGUUGGAAUUAAUUACCGUCUUGGCUUUUUCGGCUUCGCCACCAGCAAGGCGCUAUUGGAUGCUAAGCAUACCAAUGCUGGCGUACGCGACCAGCGCGCUGCACUUGAAUGGGUUCGUGACAACAUCGAAAGCUUCGGUGGUGAUCCACAGCGAGUUACUGCGAUCGGUCAAAGCGUCGGGGGUAGCGAUAUUGCUUUGCAGUUGCUUGCAUUCGGAGGGAAAGACGAUGUCCCAUUCCAACAGGCUAUAAUGAUGUCCGGUACCCAUGGCGUAAACAUCAAUACCAAGUCGGACCUCGUGGCAAAUAACACUGAGGCUAUUGCCCGGGGAGUAGGAUGUAUUAAAAACGGUGACAGCCAAUCGGUAGAGACUUUACAAUGUCUACGAGAAGCUCCUUUUGAGCUACUAACCAACCUCUCCGUUGCGGCUUCUCGCACUGCGCGCCCACCAUUCGGGGAAGCGUUUUUCUAUCCUACGUAUGACAAUGAUUUCCUGAUCGACCGGCCUUCCCAGUUGUUGCGCGCCGGGAAGUUCACUAAGGGAGUGCCGGUGAUUGCGUCCUGGGUAGCAAACGAGGGUGCUUGGUACCCUCCUCCUACGACGUCAACUGAUGAAGAUGUACUGGCUAGCUUUGGGCUAUGGUUUACCGGCCACUCCGAAUCUACAAAAGCGAAGCUCCUAGAACUAUACCCUGUCGAAGAUUUCGAGAGCAUGGUGCGGCCGGAAUACGACGGACCCAUCACAGCGCAGUACUACCGCGCAGCGCAACUAAUCAAGGACUUCUGGUUCACCUGUCCCGUGCUCGAUUUCGCAUGGCAAUAUGUAAAGAACGGUGGUAUAGAGUCAUCACAACUGCGAAUAUAUGAGCAUAAUGCAACACGAUUCACGCCGUCCUAUGAGAUGAUGGGCGUGCCUAUGUGGCGUGUGGCCCAUCUCAGCGAUAUCCCAUAUGUGCUAAAUAUCCAGCGUCUAGGCGGAGGCGCGGACAACUCGGCAGCUCAGCUCGAACUAGCGAAGACGAUGAGCCGGAGUAUCGUGAAGUUCGUAACAUCUGGGAGUCCUGAUGGCGGAUCUGAGGGAUGGCCCGCAGCUUUCGAUGGAGUAACAAAGGAAGAAUUAAAGACACACUUUCCGAGCCGGUUUGCAUUAAAAUUAUUUGGUGGCCCGCAUGGUAAUGCGGCUGUUUCUCUCAGAAAGGAUGAAAAUGAGGCCGCAAGUACAGCAGCCGAGCAAGCUGUAAAAUGGGAGAAGCUGUUCGAGAGGUGUGAGUUUAUCAAUAGUGAAAAGGUAAGAGAAGAGAGUGGGGUUUAAUCGAGUAUGUAUUGGAAGUGAAUCACUCUAGAUCGAAUGACUAGGUUUACUAUAGACUAUUAGAAACUAUAGUGCUACGGCGAGAUGUUGAUAGAAAGGAGGU